GGGCGGAAGUUGUUCCGAGUCUGUGUUUUGGUUCUAAAGAGGGAAGUUGCGAGAAGAAAAAGGAGACGACGUGAAUGUGUAUGGCUAUUUUUCUGUAACUGUGCAAAAGUUAGGAUCUGCCCUAUUUUCGCCAAGUCUCCCAGCAGAAAACAGGCCGGUAUAAUUCUCUUCUUGAACACAAGUUUUUAAUAGUAGAAGAAACAGUGACUUGGAAGAUCAGUAUAGAAGACAAUUGUAUUGGUCAUGGCAAGUCGGGGAGGAGCUACAAGACCCAAUGGACCAAAUGCUGGCAAUAAAAUUUGUCAGUUUAAACUAGUACUACUUGGGGAAUCUGCCGUGGGAAAAUCUAGUUUAGUGCUCCGUUUUGUGAAAGGCCAGUUCCAUGAGUUUCAAGAAAGUACAAUAGGAGCUGCAUUCCUUACUCAGACAGUUUGUCUCGAUGAUACAACUGUGAAGUUUGAGAUAUGGGACACGGCUGGGCAAGAACGCUAUCACAGCUUGGCACCAAUGUAUUACAGAGGUGCUCAAGCUGCUAUAGUUGUAUAUGACAUUACAAAUGAAGAGUCUUUCGCAAGAGCAAAAAACUGGGUGAAAGAACUUCAGAGGCAAGCAAGUCCAAAUAUUGUUAUCGCUUUGGCUGGCAACAAGGCAGAUCUUGCUAACAAGAGAGCAGUUGAUUUUCAGGAAGCAGAGUCUUAUGCAGAUGACAAUAGUUUGCUGUUCAUGGAAACAUCUGCCAAAACUUCGAUGAAUGUGAAUGAAAUAUUUAUGGCAAUAGCAAAGAGAUUGCCUAAAAAUGAACCACAAAAUACAGGAGCAAACAGUGGAAGAAACAGAGGAGUAGACCUUACUGAGACUACCCAACAGAACAAGAGCCAGUGCUGUAGUAACUAACAGGAAGAUAACUAAAUGCAUCUCAAAGAAGUCUCUUCCUUAACUGAAUAACAAAGGAAUUGAGGGGUGUUUAACCCAGAAUAGCUAAAAAAAGACUGUGUAUAGUUGCAUUUCUAAUACAAAGUUUAUUUUAUGUCUUUUGAACUUUUUAUUUUUUAAAGAUGUACUUCAAAAUUCUGAUGCAUGUAUCACUACAAGGCCUAAAUAUAAUUUUUUAACAUUACUUGGCAGCAGAAACAUCAACUUUAUAGCUGAAAAGGACAGACCUGUCUGAUACAAUGGUUUUAGCUUAGAUUACCCACUCUUGUUAUAGGGAAGUGUUAUUAGCAAUCACCAAAAAGUUAUUGUAUCCAGUUGUGCUUUUUUUUUUUUUUUUGCUUUUUUUGUGUCCUUUAACUUCCCACCAGAUAGACUUGUAGCAUUAGAACCCAGGCAAAUCCCCAGUACCUCCCUGUACCUUGGGGGAGGGAGUAGGGGAAAUAAAUUGUCAGGCUCUUCGGUCAUGACCUUCUAGUUUUUUUAGUGGCAUUGUGCAAUUGUUUACAGUAUUUCUGCAAGAACAGUUUUCCGUAAAAAUACAUUCCUGUUCAUAGUGAUUUCUAUAUGAAAAUUGACCUGCAGUAAGUCGGAUAUUCGUUUUUUGGAGUGGGAAAGUAAAUCCUAUCUAUUAUUAUGGUAGCCAGUUAAAAGUAUUUUUUUUAUUUGAUCAUGUUCGUGACCUAGCAGGUUAUCAGCUAAACCAGACUUUGGUAAUGGGUGACAUCCGUUUCUUUAAUUUAAAAUAGUGUUUGUGCUAACUACUUUUUUCCCCGCAGAGUUGAUAAUGACCACGUGUAAUAAAUAAUUCAGCAGGUCUAGUGAAAAUGUAAAUCAUGCCUUGCACUAACAGCUCAUUAAUAUUAUUUGUCCAUUAUUACAAUUGGUGUUUGUUAAAUAAUUUACUGUAAAUAAGGGUGUUGCAAUGUAUCUUACUUUUUAACAUACCACUAGUUGGACUAAAGUUUGCUAGAGAGCUCAAAUAAUCACAAAAUAUGUACAGUAAAGAAGCAGUUCCAUAUAGAAAGGGUUUAGAAAUUUUCACAAAUGGUUAAAUUAUAAUCCGUGGUGGUCUUUAUAAAUGUAUGUAGUGUUAUUAACAAAGAAUUUGAAAUUA